AUGGUCUCACCUGAAUUCAUCUUAACUGCUAGAAUAUGUACUGUGAAACCGCAAUGGGAGUUGUUCGUUGCAUCUGUUAACUUGGCUAAAAAUGGUGAACCUCAGUAUCACCCUAUAAUGAAUAUCUUCCGCGAAGGAGAUCUUGCUUUGCUUCAGAUUCAUCCUCAUAUUACCGAAAGUCCAACAGGGUAUCGAAGAAUACCACUUUAUGAUGGUAGUGUAGGGGUGCGCAAACUUGUCACUAUUGCUGGCUGGGAUAAUAAUGGAACAGAAAGCAAACUACGAGAAACGGAAAUACCAAUAUUUAGCGAGAAGAUGUGUGGCAAUAUGCUAGCAAAGAUUGGUUACACAAUUACUAAAAAGAAUUUCUGUACUUUUGAUGAGCAUAGAGUAAAAGGCUGUACCCAUGAGGAUAGUGGUUCUGCGUUAGUUGCAGAGGGUAGACUUCUUGGUGUUCUUAUUUUUGCUGGAACCGAUCUACCAGGUCCACCUCUGCCUGAUGUUUUUAUACGAGUAAAUGAUCAGAACGAAUAUUAUCUUUGGAUUAAGAUCAUAAUUGGUGAAAAAUUAUAUAACGCGAAUCAAUUUAUUCAACAUCCAUAUUACUAUCCACUACUACAGUAUCAUCCACAAAUUCAAACAUUGCAUUAUUCACCCGGUUCAGACAAACUAUUUGUACAUCCACAUCCUUCACACUAUUCACACGCUCCACGAGAUCCACCCCACACUGUAAUACAUGUAUAA